AUCUUGGCUCGCAAAUGAAGCCGUAUAGACCAUGGCCAACGUCGCCGUGAGAUCCAAGGGAUGCUCGACUUGCCGCAGGAGGCGGGUUAAAUGCGAUCAGCAUCGUCCCAUCUGUAUGCGGUGUCAGAAACUGGACUUAGCAUGUGAUGGGCCUAGAGACUUCAAUUUUGUCGUCGGCAAGAUUGUGACCUCUAGGCGGAAACAAUCCUCGACGACAAAGCCUGCCCGCCCACCCCAGAAAAGGGUCGACGACCAUGUUCAAGUUUAUCAGUCUCUAACCCCAAAGAUGACUGACGUGGGCACGUACAUCUGCUAUACCCAGAAACACUUGUCCACCCGCGGUCUUUUCAACCUGGCAAUGCAGGACGUCAGCCUCGGCGAUCUGGACGCAUUAUCCACAUCCCCGUCCAGUGGGCGUCUGUUCCAGAAGACUGCUCUGACUUUUGUCCUGAUCUUCUUUGGCACUCAGAAUAAGCACAGCGACAUCGCUGCCUGGGGCUACACAAUGUACGGGAAGGCGUUAGAGCAACUUAAUCAGGAUCUAUCUGAACCCGGAUCCUGUACACGAGACGAAGUCAUCGUUUCCGUUGUCACUUUGACAUUGAUGGAGUGUCUCGCACCUACUGGCGCUAAACAUUAUCUGCAACACAUGCUAGGGUUAGAACGACUCCUUGAGCUGCGCGGGCCUGGGCUGUACCAUUCACCGCACUCGCUUCGAAUCUACAAGAGCAUCCGACACAUGAUUCUUUUUGCAUCGCUUCGCACCGGAAGUCCCUCGAUCCUCGCCAAACCCGAAUGGAAGACAUUCUACAGAGCAGAAUGCAAGGAUGAGUCCGAGAUAAUUGAGCAACAACUCAUGGAAUUCUUGGCCGACUGCACCGUUCUCAUGGCCGAGCGUAAUGCUCUCUUCACCGACACUCAGCGCGACAAUCACUUGCAGCAACAAAGAAGUGAUGACAUCAAGCUUCGAGCGUUGGCUUGCCUUUCAUCUCUCGAUCUAUGGAGAAGACGAUGGGCAUGUGACAUCCGCAAUACCUAUUUGGUGACCUCGGCAGCUUCCUUUCGACAGCAUCCAGGACCGAGCUGGCUUCACGAUCUACCCUCCUCACUUACCCUUUUCGAGUUCUUGGAUGAUUCUGCCGCCCCGGCGUUGAUGUUUCACAGUUCUGUCUUGGUCUACAUCCUCCGAGUCCUUGCCUCCCUCACACCCGAAUGUACUUCUGACGCCAUGCAGCAGACCUUUGACCACGAUCUGUCACAAGAGCCCGUCUCUCCUGACGACCUCUGGACAUAUACCAAAGAGCAAUUCAAAGCUGCCGAAAUCCUAGCAGCUUGGGAAGUCAUGCGCUGCCUCUUGUACUUUAUGGCGCGUAGACCUGAUUACCUGGCCAGUCAGAGAUCACUCCUACAACUUGCUCUGACAACCAUAUGGACCAUCCAUGAUGAAACCCCCGAGGGACUCUGGAUGACACAAUUCUUGCACACCGAGUGCUCCGCACUCAUUCCCAAAGGGCUCUUGUUGGUUGACAAGUACGGACACAGGUAGGGUGUCGGUUGAACAUGACAGCUCAGCCUCCACUCCUCUCCGUAGCAUUCGAUAUUGACCAACCCCUCCCCAGCAAUUUGUCUUAAUUCUCUGUACUAUACCCAGAAGCGAACUACGGAGGUGGGAUCAUAACGUGGUAUGACGAGACUAGACAAUAGUCAACCAAUGCCAUAUACUGUUGAAGUUUGAGUGUAAAGGAUGCUAGUGUUUCCGGUGGAAGUAAUCCCAAUGAAGAUGAAGAUCAUAAACAGCCACAUGCAGGUUCAAGGCAAUUAGUCAAAUGCAAUGAUUGCGCA